UAUUUCAGCUAGACAACCGGAAACCACGUGGUUUUCUUUAUCAGCAGAGAUAACGUAUACCCUCCAUAGCAAAGAGCGCCACACAUGUCUAUAUUCGAACGCACCCACGAUGAAAUUCAACUUGGCCGUCAAAAUCGGCUGCUUGGGGUUCUGUUGCUUCAUCGUGGGAUGGAUGCUCGCUAUCCAGCAAUGUCCUCACGCACAGAGACUCUUUCCGAUGUUUGAUCCGGUAUUUAAAAACACAGAGGCUCCGAUAACGACGAAAAAACCGGUGUCUCAGGAAUACUUUAUUUAUCACAGAGAUGAAACUAAAUGGAAUCCAUGCAAUAUAACAUGCAAAGAUACAUCAAAGUUUUUGAAAACAACUUUACACACAAGUGCUGGAGACACGCCUAUUUUCGUUUACUCUUCCACUGAAGAUAAACAUGUAAGUGGAAGUUUAAUACGAGAUGGAAGAUGGGAGCCUCAAUUUGUUGAUCUUAUUUCUAACCUUCUUAAAGAAGAUCCUGAUCUCCACUUCAUAGAUCUCGGUACCAAUAUAGGGGUUUUUGCUUUAUCCAUAGCAAAGAUGAAUAGACAAGUCAUAGCAGUGGACGCUUUAGCUAUGAAUGUGGAGAGAUUGUGUGCUUCCAUCUAUGCGGGAAACUUUACAAAGAACAUAAAACUGGUCCAUAAUGCUUUGUCAGAUGUCCGAGAAGUGGUAAGUCUUGGUAAAGAUAAAGGAAACGUUGGUGGAACAUUUGUUGCCAAAGACAAGAAUCCGAAUAAAGUUAGAGGAAGUGACGUCGGGGGCAGCUACGGGUCCGUGCAGACGGCGAUGCUUGACGACAUCUUGGAACUUCCGGGAUUCUCGGUGAAAAAAGCUGUUAUGAAAAUAGACGUGGAAGGGUACGAGAAUAGAGUGUUUAAGAGUGGCAAUAAAUUCUUUGAACGUGUCGAUGUGACAGCGGUGCUCAUGGAGUGGAUGUGGCUAAAAACCGGCCCUGCAGGUCAAGAAAUCGUAGAAUUUUUUAAACGUCAUAAUUAUGAAGCAACUGUUCCUACGGAUAGGCGUGUUUUGCCUAUUAAUCAGCGAGAAUUUUGGCCAAAUGAUGUAUUAUGGCGCAAAAAAAAUUGAUAGACUUGUCUUUAGGGUCUUUCACAUUCCCUUACGCCGAAGGUUCUGUUGUUUAAGUUAAGUUUAUUGACUUUUUUUGGAAAAGCAGCUUAAUUACCUGUGGUUAUAUCUCGUCAAGACUAUCACUUGACAUCACAUCUCUAAAUAACCAAGCUUGAGAUUGUAAAUAUUUGUUUUUGAUUUACAACCACAUUGUAGUAUUAAAACGAUCACCAAGUUAAGCACCAAAUUUUUGGGCAAAAGUUAUUAAGUAUAAAACCAAGAACAUGUAAUAUUUGUUUUUGGAUAGAUUUGAUAAGGAUAUUAUGCAUAGAAUACCUGGGUUCUGGUUCCAUAUAUAUUUACCAUCGCAUUUUUGUCAACAAACGAGCCAUAAUUCAAGUCAUCGAGAAAGCAUUGACCCCAAGAUUAGAAGUUCAAGUUCUCUUCCAUUAGAUAUUGGUGCAAUGAAUAAUGCUAGUCAAAUCAGAUACUGUGUAAGCAUAUUUUUAAAUUCACUUUAAACUUUAAAAAAGUUGGUGCUGUGGCUGAUUUUUUUUACACAAACCCAAUGUACUUACAUGUAUAUGUUGCAAAUAGUUUGACAAUUUCAUUAGAAUAGGAAGUUUUCUGUUAUUUCAGCUUUUUGUCGACGUAAAUGGCCGAGUUUGUUAUUAAGCUGCUGGAUUUAGGCUGCAGUGUGUUUAACUUACCUCAAUUGUAUAAAUGUCAUAAUGAUAUUAACAUCAGAAAAUAAUCACUGCAGACGACAUCAGCAAUUUAAAGAGGGAUCAGAGUUAGUUGCAAUGCAGGCAUCCGAUUUUCAGCAAUCCGAACUAAUAGCAUCAGUGUUAUAUAUGAGAACAGAUCUCAGUGGGCAUAGGUGUUAAACCCAACGAUCGCUGGUUCAAGUCCUGUUGUGGUCCCUUGAUGCUGUGUGUUGUGCACUUACACAAGGCACUUUUUCUGCAUUGGCUCAGUCCACCCAACUGAAAUUGGGGAACGGCUUACGCCGGGAGUUAACCUGCGAAGGACUGGUGUCCCAUCCAGGGGGAAUCGGUGACUCUCACCCAUCCGCUUUGCUUAACGGAAACCGACCCGGGGUGUAAGCAGCGACUCUUUGGGUCUUUAUGUCAGAGAAUGAUUUCACCAACUUAUUAUGUACCAUAGUUUUAAAGUUUUAAGUAUAUUGGGUUGAAGUAUGAUUUUUAUCAUAUGAUGUAGCAUGGUUGCUACAUAUAAAUUUACAAGUGCGUGUGUUUAUAAAUUAUUUCAAGCAUGGCGAUGAAAUUGUAAGUGUUUUAAGGUUAUGAGUAAUGUUAAUACAUGUAGUUUUACGAAUUAUAUUGUUUUGCGGUUGUUCAAUGGUAGCUCAUGGCAAUUUUUACAUGCAUGUUUAUUAAAAACAUUUACAAUUCUACUUAAUAACUAUUUUGUAAGCUACUUAAUUUAUAUAUAUUAGAACAAUCAUGUUUUCAUAAAUAAGUAGAUCUUAGUUUAUGAAAAAUUAUAAUUGCGUAAACAUUAUAUAUCGGUGAAUGCUAAUCUGGUUUUGAUUUUAUUACGAGACUACAUUCAGAGCGGACAAAUUUUUUAGUUAUCAUAUUUUAUCACAAGGUCUAAGACGUAAGAAAUAUCUUACGUGAAAUGUAAAUAACUAUUUUAUUUAUAAUCUGUGAGCGUUUAAAAAUCGGGAUUCAAUUCUAUAUUCAGUAACAAGCUUAUCUGUUUAUUUUUUGAAUUGAAUCAUUUUUACAUAAAUAUAAAUGUGGAAAAGAGAGUAUAAUACUCGAUUCCGGAUUUGACGCACAAUUGUCAAGACUUAUAUACUAUAUAUGUGUCUUGUAGUUGAAAAGAAGACUUAUGUUGGGCUUUUCUUUUUUAAAACAAUAUUUCCCAAAACUCCCCUUUAACGAUGUUUAGAGGGUUUAUAUUAAUUGAAGUAUUUUGGCGUUCGCCAACUAUAACGUACAAUUAACGUGAAAUUAGCUUUCAAAAGUGUUCUGACUAAUAAAGAAUAAACCCACUUUCAUAUAUGUAACUUAUUUUUUCAAAAAUUUUGUUAUUUAAAACGAUUCGUUCGAACUCUGAGCAUAUGGAAGACAAAACCAUAUAUUUAGGUUUGUUUUUCCUAAUUCCUUUUUUCUUCUUUCCUGUUACAUACGCUUUGCAUGUUCUGUAAAACUCAACAAAAAUUAUUUUUUAUUCACACCAACUGUUCCAAAUCUGUAGAAAAAAAGACACCGAUUUGUGGGUGUAUUUGGGUGUUAGCUUUAUUUAUAACUUUUUUUUAAAAAAAGAAUUGUCUUGUAUUAUAAAAAUUUGACACAGUCAAUUAAUCUCCAUUCUUGUAUUACUUGGGUCGAAUAAACCCUCUACAUAAAUGUACGUUUUUGUAUUUUGUAGAUCAAAUUUAAUAAAUGUUUACUUUUUUGAGAUAAAAAAAAGUAGCGAGGGUAUUCUUUGAGUAAAUAAAAAACAAAAAAACCCAGAGAAAUCAAUCUAUUCUGAAUUUAUUGAAAGUGACUGAAAUUAAAAUAAAAUUGUAUAAACAC